GCUGCAGGCAUCGGGACAGAAGAGCAACCAGCAGCGGUACCAGCAGCACUGCAGCUCCCACGAUGGACCCCGCCCUCAUCUUCACCGUCUUGGUUGUCGCGGCUCACACCGGGGCCCUGCCCGUCCAGAACUCGUCUGGUAUAAACGAUCAUGCUGAAAGGUUUAAAAGAGCUUAUUUGGGCGAGAACGCUUUUCAAAAUGAGAUGACAGCAAUGGACAAAAUCAUGGAGGCCAAUGAAUUGCAGACCAGCCCAGUCAUGGAGGGCACCAACGUGAGGGAGGGCGACAUUGCCGUCACCAGCAGGAGGGGUGUGAAGACCUGUUUUGCUCGGAGCUGCCUGUGGGCCAAGUCUGUGGAUGGAUACGUGUACGUUCCCUACUACAUCUCUACAGAAUACGAUGACAUGGACAGGGUCGCUAUUCAAGGCGGGAUGGAAGGCAUUGAGAACGGCACCUGCAUACGCUUCGUGCCGCGGACUCACCAGAGGGACUUCAUCGACAUUCAGCCCAAGUCCGGGUGUUGGUCCUACCUGGGGGUGCAGGGCGGGACACAGAUCCUCUCCUUGGAGGCUCCCAACUGCAUGUCAGCGGGGGUCACCGCCCACGAGCUCAUGCACGCCCUGGGCUUCCUGCACGAGCAGUCCCGAGCCGACCGCGACAAAUACGUCACCAUCCUGUGGGCCAACAUCUGGAAAGAUCGGGUCAGGAAUUUCGGGAAGUACAAAACAAACAACAUGGAUAUGCCCUAUGAUUACAGCUCCAUCAUGCACUUUGGAAAGUUUGCUUACUCUGAAGAUGGUGAGCCUACCAUCAUUCCAAAGAAGAACCCCAAUGCCAGGAUGGGUCAGAUAUUUGGACCCAGUGCUAUGGACAAACUGAAAAUCAACAAACUCUACAAGUGUUGAGUGUGAGAUGAACUGCCCCAACCAUGCCAAAGGACACUCGGGUCCACAGAUUGCAGCGUCUCACUUCAACACAAAAUAUGUAAUCAUUACUUCAGUACAAAAUAUUGAAUAAUUACUUCAAUAUAAUAUGAAAUGAUUACUCCAGUACAAUAUGGAAUCAUUACUUCAGUACAAAAUAUUGAAUAAUUACUUCAGUACAAUAUGAAAUCAUUACUUCAGUCAAUAAAAAUAUUCCAGCAUUGAACUCGACUGGCCUUGUCCACUUAUUUCAAUGAUGAACCAAAUGAACUACUACACUAAAAGAGAGAAAAAAAACUAAAGGUUAACAAAUUCAGACUUGCAUUUUCCACAUAAGCAACAUAUCAGUCUCCACUCACAAAUUUCCACAGAGUAACAGUGUAUAUGAAUCUUGUGUUCAUAUACACAAUCUAAAAUCUGUCUCAAAAACACAAUUCAGAACUCAACACAUAUCUACACUAACUGCAAGCUAACCAUC